AUGGAUGUCUACACCACUUCUUUCGCUUAUCCACGCCGGUCGCGACAUUCAAGUUCCCCUUCUGCUUCCCUCGAUUUCAUUGGUCCCAACGAGCUCAGGUCCUCUCAAAAAGACCCAUCUUUCUCUAACCUACAAUCCCAGUUGAAUAAUGGCGUCCUUUCUCAAGACGAUUCUACCACUCUAGAGAGUGCCGACCAGGUCUCAAAGCUCAUCAUGAUGGCUAUGUCUCUUCAUGGCUGUCAUAUCUCUUCUUUCCCCUCCGAUCAGGGCUGGAAUUUUCAUCUUACUGGUGCUUACCAGCAAGUUAUGCCAGCAAGGGGCAUGAUUCUUAAGGAGUGUCCCGUACAGCAUCGCGCUGCUAUUAAAGUUACGCGUUCUGAGAUCCUCGACUCCCCUUCUUCGAAGCCUGCUUUGAAGCCCGACGUCAGGCGCCGUCUAGACGACAUUGCUUCACAAGCUUUGGCACAUAUUGCAGUCGUCAACAGUCCCCAUUCUCUUUCCACUCGAACCCCUCCAGAUGGAAUCAGUAGCAGCGCUGGUUGGUCGGGUCUCGAAACUGAGCGGAUAUGCGAGCUUGUCAUUACUGGGCCUGGUGAUUCUGUUGACUUGGCUAGAGUCCGGCUGCUGGUCAUGCUGGAUGAGCUCAGUGGCCUUCAUUCCGAGAUGUGUGAAAUCGACUAUAAACUCCAUACUAUCAUCGCCGGCCGGAAACGCAGUGUUUUACAGUCUAUUCAAGAGGAAACCGCCACCAAUAUCUACCUCCCUUCUCCUGUGCAAGGGCUCGUUGGGCCUGACGUUCUUGCGUCUCCAAAUGCCAUCCCAAGAAACAACGGCGCUAUAUGGAUCACUGGCGAAUUUUUCGGAGUCCAACGAGCGAGGGAUAUGUUGUAUCAGGUAUCCGCCACCAAGAGCAAGUCCAUCAUAUCGAGAGAUACCGCUAUUUUACCACGGAAACUUGAUUGGAUGGUUCUGGACAGAGCUGAAGAUUUGAAGAGCAUCAUGAACGAUAAUGCCACCUUUAUCAACUUUCCACCUUUAGGAAGUUCCACCAGCUUGAUUACCGUCUAUGGUGAUCACCGCGUCAACAUCCAGCGGACCAUACGCUCUAUUAUGCAACUGGCGUGCAAUUAUUAUGUCGGUUCGUUUUGGUUACUCCCCAUACAGUUCAACGCGUUAUUACCCCCAGCCAACCUUAACGCCAACCAAGUCUCCACACUUAUGAGACAGAUUUCUGUUGCUACGGGCGCUGAAGUUGUUUUCAAAAGCAUGUGCUUUGAACUUCAUGGUCUGGAGCAUGAAGUACGAGCAGCCGUCAGUAUGAUCAUGGAGUUGGAUAUAAUCAAGGCAUUUCACCAUGAAAUUCGGUUCCAGAUCGAACUGUCAAACGAACAUCGAGAGUUCAUCAGCGGAAAGAAGAAUGGAAAAAUCAACAAGAUCAUGCAGACUACAAACGUCAAGAUCAAAUUCGAGACUUUCAACGACCACAACUUCCUCAUCGACAUUGCCGGACCGGAUAACUCUGUUCUCCAUGGAUUGACCUUGUUGCAGGAGGAAUUGCCAGCCGAAAUAUCGUUCCAUGUUCCUGAAUCUUACCACAAGCGCAUUAUUGGCGUCGGUGGAAGAAGCAUCCAGCGAAUCAUGAAGAAGUACGGGGUAUAUGUCAAAUUUUCAAACGCAGAAGAAUUUGCCGCUCUGGGAGGGUAUAACGACAAUGAUGACAAUGUCGUCGCGAGAACACCUGCGAAGAACGCUAUGAAUUUAGAAAAUCUGAAGCAGUCGGUGAUGGAACUCGUCAAUUCCAAGGACAAGGACUUCGUGAAUGAAACCCUCUGCAUUCCUCGACGCUAUCACCGCACUCUCCUCGGGGAGAAGAGUAUCUUCAUCCGUGAUAUUGAAACAAAGACAAACUCCAGUGUACGGUUCCCGGAUAAAGAAACCGCCUCUGAUGUUGUGACGAUCUAUGGACCGGAAAGUCAAGUUCAGAUUGCUGCCGCAAUGCUCUUAGACCAUGUUCCAUUUGAAGCAGACAUGGCAGUCCCCCGAGCUGGAAAUUCCGAGAUUACUCGGAUCUGCUCCUCUCCCGAGUUCGGUAGUCUAGCUGAGCGUGUCAAAAGAGAAUUGCAAGUUUCUAUAUCGCCCAACUUCCACACUCCCUCUCUCAAUAACGGUGCACUCGGAGCAGACACUCUAACAGACUAUUCGUUCAAGUUUCGUUGCCAGCGCAGCAAUAGCGAUUUCCUAGUUACUGCCCGAGAAAUGCUUGAGCAAUUCCUCAUCAAUCACAACAUCCGCGUCUUUCCUUCCCCCACAUCACAUACACACAAACGGGGUGAUUCCUUUGCAGAAGCUUUUCCCCACUUCGAUAGCAAGCUUCUUUCCACAGCUAAGACACAUCACGAAUCGGCAGACUUCGGGCGUCCUAUGCAUGACCCUGAUCGUAGGUUGCGCUUAGCGGCCUCUUCUCCUGACGUCAAAGCCCUCUUUAAUGCUCCGGGAGGUUUUAUCUACGAACAAGAUGACAAUACCGCCCCCUAUAUUCCGGGGACCUCUGACUAUUGGUCCCCGCUUCCACCGAUCGGAUCGAGUAUUCCCACUCGGACUAGGCAUACUGAGGAUUCUAUCAAGCGUGGCUCAGACUCUCUGCUUGAGGCUAAGCUGAAAGAACAGAUAUCCAAGCCGCGGACCGCAUCAAACCGCGCGCAAUCAUUGGACUUGACCUAUUCUCUUUCCCGCAUUACGGAAUCAGCUUCCGGCUUCGCUGUUCCAGACUCUCCUACUAACUCCAAUGGGGAGAAUGGAGGGAACUCAAGUCCAACGUCUGCAACCGCGCCAUCAUUUCCGAGCGUUUAUGGGACUCGCUCCGCAGUGAUUGGCACCUCUGCGCAAAGGUCAGCGAGAACAUACGAUGACGAUGCCACCGACGAGGUCGUGCGAGUGAUGCACAACCUGGGGCUCUGA